CGGAAAUUGAUUCAGCAAUCUGCCAGGUUACUAUUAAAAUUUCAAAUGAAGCUCAACAACCGAUUCUGAAAUCGAUUGAGCUCGGAAUCCAAAAACAUCAGCUGUCUCCCGUUUCCCGAGAGUUCGCCGACCAGUUUUGCUUUCACACUGAAGAAAAAACUACAGUUUAACUACACCAGGCACAAUCAUCAGAAUUAGAUGCAGGAAAAUAUUUUCAUUUUACCGUUCAGUAUGAGAAACAUUUUACAAAUGAUAAUCGUGUAUGCCCAAAAGGUAUUUGUGCGGAUCUGCGAAUCCGGUUUUUGUGGAAUAAUUCAACCAAGGGUUAUGAUGUAGCAGCGGUGGAGAGUAAGUCCAAUCAUACGGCUUCAUCCCACCCCAGCAGCAGAUGAGCGCUGGCGAAUGUUCUCAGCCACCUGGAGAAGGAGGUUCAGCGCGGAAGAAAUGUUACUAGACAUCGCCGAUCUGGAUGAUGGACUUUUUUGAUAAUUUCAUAGAGAUUGGGUGUGCAGAUGGGCAGUUGGAGUUCUGGGAGGAAACGACUGGUAACUUUAAGGGUAUAUAUGAAGCCGAAAACAUCCACAACAAUGGGGUAACUAACAUAAAGCUCGCCGGUGACAAAGUGAUAGUCGCACGGUUGAGUGGACGAAUCGAUUCUCUGAGACUAGAAACGUACACGCAAGGUUGUCGUUGGGGUUUACGUCUGCAUAUGGGCGAACCCACGUACGCACCGGUUCGGCAGGAAGCAUUAGUUUAUUUCAGCAAUCCGUCCACAGCGUUGCCAGCUCAACAUAACGCAUCCGAGGAGGAGCUUCGAUGUAUUCUGGAGUUUCACCAGCAGGGUUACCGGUGACAUGUUUGGCGGGCGGUACAGUCAUGACUGGCAGCCAGGGCCACACUGUUAAAGUGUUCCGACUCGAUAGCCACCUAUUGCAGUUCACCCUAAACGGCCAUUGCGGUCCUAUCACAUGUAUUUUCAUAGACCAGUGGCAGGCCGAGAUGGGCGCAUCUGGUCGCCAGGAUGGUGUGCUAUGUGUGUGGGGCUUGAACUAGAACAGCUCCUACAAGACAAUGGUUACGAGAGUGUUCAGCAGGCCGUUGGUAAGGGAGUGGAUAAUUUUUAUAGUGUCGAUUGUUGAUAACAGGGCCAUUUAAUGGCGCCGCAAUUAAAUAUUGAAAGUUACUAAAUACAUUUUGAUA